GUACCCACUGUGAGCAGGACAUUGACGACUGCGACCCCAACCCUUGCCACAACGAAGGGGUCUGCACGGACAAGGUCAACGACUUCCACUGCACAUGCCCGCUAGGCUACAACGACAAGCGCUGCAUGUCAGACGUGGACGAGUGUGAGUCGAACCCGUGUGUCAACGGCGGCCGAUGCAUCGACGGCUACAACAGGCACCAACUGCGAGAUCAACAUCAACGAGUGCGCGUCCAACCCCUGUCUCCAUGGCAACUGCGUGGACCUGGUGAACGGCUACAAGUGCCACUGCGAGCAGCCCUACUCGGGGAAGAACUGCGACGUCAAGAUGGACCCGUGCCGACCCAACCCGUGUCGCAACCAGGCGCAGUGCGUGCCGCAGAACAACUACCAGAACCUGUACAAGUGCAACUGUCCCGUCGGAUAUACGGGCCCCUGCAUGAAUGGUGGCACUUGCAUCGACGGAGUGGCGAGCUACAACUGCAGCUGUGUCAGCGGGUUUGGCGGCCGCCACUGCCAGAACGACAUUGACGAGUGCGCGUCGAACCCAUGCACCAACGGCGCCACCUGCGAGGAUUACGUCAACUCUUACACGUGCACGUGUCGCCCAGGGUACAGCGGCAUGCACUGUCAGGUCAACGAUAAUGAUUGUACCAAGAGUGCGACAUCCGCUCCAUCACUUGCAAGGCCGCCGCCGCUCUCAAGAAGGUGUUAGUGAGCGACUUGUGUGAGAAUGGGGGAACAUGUUUCGACGCGGGCAACACACACACCUGUGAGUGUCGCCAUGGUUACGAGGGAUCCUACUGCGAGAAGGAGAUCGACGAGUGCGCAUCCGGACCCUGCCAAAACGGUGCCACCUGCUCUGAUCGGAUUGGAAAGUACACUUGCCAGUGUGCCAAAGGUUUCCAGGGUCUGAACUGCGAGCUGGACGUGGAUUACUGCGCCAACCAGCCGUGCGACAACGGCGGCACGUGCCACGACCUGGUGGACAACUUCCACUGCUCCUGCCCACCCGGCACCGAGGGCCUGCUCUGUGAGAUCAACCACAACGACUGCCUCAUCAACUCCUGCCACAACGGAGGGACCUGUGUGGAUGAGGUGGGAGGCUACCAGUGCGUGUGUCCGCCGGGCUUCGUUGGCAAACACUGCGAGGGCGACGUGAACGAGUGUCUGUCCAACCCGUGCGACCCCGACGGUGCUCAGGACUGUGUUCAGCUCAACAACAGCUUCCGCUGUGACUGUCGGCCGGGAUGGACAGGUCACCGCUGCAGCAUGAGGAUUCGGUGCGACCAGGACCCAUGCCUCAACGGAGGAAGUUGUCGAGACACCAUCCAGGGGGCCGUCUGUUCCUGUCUGGUGGGCUUUGGGGGAGAGUUCUGCGGCGUGGCCACGUCCUCGUGCGACCCUGACCCGUGCCUGAACGGGGGCGUGUGCGGAGAGACUGCCACGGGCUUCGAGUGUAUGUGUGGCCCGGGCACGGACGGUGUGCUGUGUGAGAUUGACCUCUACGACGACUGCCAGGUGGAGGUGUGCCUCAACGAUGGCGUCUGCAUCGAUAAAAUUGGCUACUACGAGUGCAAUUGUCCUCGGAACUGGAACGGCGUGCGGUGUGAGCUGUUUGACAAAGAGUUCCUGGGCGGCAUCGGUCGACCCGUGUCCCCGUCCAAGGAGACGGUCCCAGCCAUCUGCAAACAGUACAACUGCCCUGAGAAAGCCGACAACGGACAGUGUGAUGAGGAGUGUAACCUGAUGGAGUGUAACCAUGACAACACGGAGUGCUCUUACGGCACCAUGCCCUGGCAGAACUGUUCCCAGAUGGUCAACGGACUCUACUGCUGGCAGGUGUUCCGGGACGGCAAGUGUAACUCUGAGUGCAACAGCCCGGCCUGUCUCUACGACGGCUUCGACUGUCAGCAGCCGCUGGGCAAAUGUAACCCCAACUACGACACCUACUGCCUCAUGCACUACAACAACGGCCACUGUGACAAGGGCUGCAACACCGCGGAGUGCGACUGGGACGGGCUGGACUGCGACGAAGGCAACGAGGCGCUGGUGAGCGGGACGCUGUUCAUCAUCGUGUUGAUCGAGCCCGAGGAGUUCCACAAGGUCAAACAAGAGUUUGUCCGACAGCUAGGUCACCUCCUGCGUGUGGGCGUGCGGAUCAAGCUGGACGUGCGCGACAACGAGGAGAUGAUCUACCCGUGGAGCGGGGAGGUGGCGGACACCGACGAGUCCAUCGUGUCGAGGACACGCCGCUGGGUCGAGGGCGUGUUGGAUGGCGGUCACGAGGCGGCGCUGUCGCGGCACAGGAGGGCUGUUCGCAAUGGACGGUCUGACUCCUCUGAUGCUGGCCUCCAUUCGAGGAGGCGGGCUGGGAGAGGACGACGACAGCAACUCGGGCUCGGGCUCGGCCGAGGGCGGCGACAGCGACAAUAACACGUCGGUCGACGUCAUAUCCAGCCUGCUCAUGCAGGGCGCGGCCAUCAACGCACAGACGGAGAGGACAGGUGAGACCUCCCUCCAUCUGGCGGCCCGCUACGCCCGGGCCGACGCGGCCAAGGUACUGCUCGACGCAGGGGCCGAGCCCAACGCAGAAGACAGCACGGGGAGAACGCCGCUACACACUGCGGUGGCCGCCGACGCACAGGGCGUGUUCCAGAUCCUGCUUCGUAACCGCUCCACCAACCUGAAUGCCCGCAUGCACUGUGGAGGCACGCCGCUCAUCCUGGCAUGUCGCCUGGCGAUCGAGGACACGGUGGAGGAGCUCAUCUCGGCCGACGCUGACAUUGAGGCCACGGACAAUAAUGGAGGAGACGCCUCUGUUCCUGGCCUCUCGAGAGGGUGGCUACGAGACGGUCAAGGUGUUGCUUGACCACUACGCAAACCGCGACAUGACGGACCACAUGGACCGGCUCCCGCGGGACAUCGCCUUCGAGCGGAGACACCACGACAUUGUGGAGCUCCUCGACUCGUACAAAGUGGCCUCCCCUGCCUCAGUGCACCUGGGAGGCGGAGUGACCUCCCCCAACCACCACCACCACCACGCAGCCAUGGCGGGCGCGGCGGGAUACAUGCACCCGGGCAAGCAGAGCAAGUCCAAGAGUCGGAAGAGUAAGAACACGGCCGUCAAAGAUACAGGGUCCGUGUCGUCGCCUCCCAACGGGAUGCCCGGCGGUCUGCCCGCGACGGCUAACGGGAAGUCGAAAUCUCGCAAAAAGAAGGCUGACGGAGGAGACAGCAAGAAGAGUCAGCAGCAGCAGCAGCAGCAACAACAGCAGUUACAGCAGCAGCAGCAGUUGCCGUCGUCGGUGUCGUCGCAGAGCCAGGCCAUGCUGCACCACUCCAGCAGCGACUCCUCCCCCAUGAGCACCAUCUCCCCGGGGAGCUACUCUAUAGACUCGCACCACUCCCCGCCAGGCUACGAGACCUCCCCUCCCCGCUACGAGAACUCUGGGGGCCUGGUGCUGCCCCCGGGGGUUGGGGGUUCGGACCGCGGGGGUUCGGCUCUGGGCGGGCGUCAUCAUCUGGAGGACUUCCAGGUCAUGGCAGGUCACUACAGCUCGCCCGCUCUCAUGGAGCACUCCAGCGUGGACAGUAUGCUCUCCGACUGGAGCCUCUUCAAAAUGCAGCAGCAGCAGCAACAACAGCAACAGCAACAACAGCAGUUUCAGCAGAAACAGCAGCCGCAGCAGCAGUUGGCGGCUGGCUGCGCGGGCGGUCUGGCCAACGGGCACCUGGGCUCGGCUAGCGGCAACAGCCCCACGCAUGUGGUGGGCCCCGGGGGCGGGGCUACGGUGCUGGGCUCUGUCAAUCACGGAGGCCCCGCCCCUCCCAUGAAGGUGAAGAACCUGCCCAUGUCCCCGACGCACAUCCAGGCCUUGCAGCAACACGCGCAGCAGCAGCGGGCGGCGCACGGGAGCCCCCAUCACCGCGGUAACGAUUUCCCCAACUCAUUCCACCUGGACGGCUCGGGCUCCCAGCUCCCCCCCUCGGCCGCCGCCCCCCCACCACCCUCCGUGGCUCAGAUCUACCCACUACAGCACAAGAUGGUCCAACAGCAGCAGCAGCAGCAGCAUCACCAGCAACAACAGCAGUCGCUGCAGCAGCAGCGAGCUCAGCAGCAACACCAGCACAUCACAGACUCGCCUCCUCAGCUCCACAGCACCAUCAGCUCAUUCCGCCAGGACCACCUGCCCACCCCGUCCCCCGACUCCCCCGGACAGUGGUCAAGCUCCUCCCCGCACUCGGCUCACUCUGAUUGUUGUUUCCCCGCGCGGUGUGUGGAGCGAACUAUUGGAGCUCAGUACAACAAAGUGGGAGCUCAAGAGUACAUUGCUGGUCUGAGUACACAGGAGUACAAAGCUACUAGCAGUACUCCUAAGUACACAGGAGUACAUAGCUGUUGGCAGUACACCACACAGGAGUACAUAGCUACUGGCAGUACACCUAAGUACACUGGAGUACAUAGCUACUGGCAGUACGCCUAA